CACAAUAACACAUUUUCUUCUUCCUCUUAUUCUUCGUAUUUUCCAUUGGUGGAGUUAAGUGGUGCACUAGCAGAGGCACCUUCAGACAGAGAGAGAGAUUCGCAUAGCUGAAUCUUCCAGAUCUUGCAGAUUCAUCUUCUGCUCCUCCCAUGGCUCAGCCGCUAGUGAAGAAAGACGAUGACCGCGACGACGAAGCCGAGUAUUCUCCCUUCUUGGGAAUUGAAAAGGGGGCCGUCCUUCAGGAGGCCAGAGUUUUUAAUGAUCCACAACUAGAUGCUAGGAGAUGUUCACAGGUUAUCACAAAACUGUUAUACCUACUGAAUCAGGGAGAUACAUUUACAAAGAUCGAAGCCACAGAAGUUUUCUUUGCCGUGACUAAGCUCUUCCAGUCUCGAGAUCUUGGGCUAAGGAGAAUGGUCUACCUCAUAAUAAAGGAACUUUCACCGUCUUCAGACGAGGUUAUCAUUGUCACAAGCUCUCUCAUGAAGGACAUGAAUAGUAAGACUGAUAUGUAUAGGGCAAAUGCCAUUCGUGUGCUUUGUCGUAUCACGGAUGGAACUCUCCUCACCCAAAUUGAGCGGUAUUUGAAACAAGCAAUUGUAGAUAAGAAUCCUGUUGUUGCAAGUGCGGCCCUAGUUAGUGGUAUUCAUCUACUCCAGACAAAUCCCGAGAUUGUAAAAAGGUGGAGCAAUGAGGUUCAGGAAGCUGUUCAAUCAAGAGCACCUCUUGUACAGUUUCAUGCACUGGCUUUGUUACAUCAGAUACGGCAGAAUGAUCGACUAGCUGUUAGCAAGCUGGUUACCAGCUUGACAAGGGGAACUGUUCGCUCGCCUUUGGCUCAAUGCCUUUUGAUCCGUUAUACUAGUCAGGUUAUCCGUGAGUCAGGAAAUAAUACACAACCAGGGGACCGUCCUUUCUAUGAUUAUCUUGAGAGUUGCCUACGUCACAAGUCAGAGAUGGUUAUUUUUGAAGCUGCCAGAGCAAUUACAGAGCUCAAUGGUGUAACAAGUCGAGAAUUAACACCUGCAAUUACUGUUCUUCAACUCUUCUUGAGUUCUUCUAAGCCAGUUUUGAGAUUUGCAGCUGUCCGCACUUUGAACAAGGUUGCAAUGACACAUCCAAUGGCUGUAACUAACUGCAACAUCGACAUGGAAAGUUUAAUUUCUGACCAGAACAGAAGCAUUGCUACACUUGCUAUUACCACUCUUUUAAAGACAGGAAAUGAAUCAAGUGUAGACCGUCUUAUGAAGCAGAUUACAAAUUUCAUGUCUGAUAUUGCUGAUGAAUUCAAAAUUGUUGUUGUAGAAGCAAUAAGAUCAUUGUGCUUGAAGUUCCCUUUAAAAUAUAGAUCUCUGAUGAACUUCCUAAGUAACAUUCUCAGAGAAGAAGGUGGUUUUGAUUACAAGAAAGCAAUCGUAGAUUCAAUUGUGAUUCUGAUUCGAGAUAUCCCUGAUGCUAAGGAAAGUGGGUUGCUCCAUCUUUGUGAGUUCAUUGAAGAUUGUGAAUUCACUUAUUUAUCCACACAGAUACUACACUUCUUGGGAGUUGAAGGUCCAAAGACAUCAGACCCCAGCAAAUAUAUUCGUUAUAUUUAUAACAGAGUACAUCUUGAGAAUGCAACUGUUAGGGCCAGUGCUGUGAGCACACUGGCAAAGUUUGGUGCUGCAGUUGAUGAAUUGAAGCCUCGCAUAUUUGUUCUGCUAAGGAGGUGUGUUUUUGACAGUGAUGAUGAGGUCCGUGAUAGGGCAACACUUUAUCUGAACACACUUGGAGGUGAUGGUUCAGUUGUUGAGACAGAUAAAGAUGUGAAGGACUUCCUAUUUGGGUCAUUUGAUAUUCCACUUGUCAAUUUUGAGACUAGUUUGAAAAAUUAUGAGCCUUCCGAAGAGCCUUUUGAUAUUAACUCAGUACCCAAGGAGGUGAAGUCUGCACCUCUUGCAGAGAAGAAAGCAGCGGGUAAAAAGCCAACUGGUUUGGGUGCUCCUCCUAGUGGGCCUCCAUCUACUGCAGAUGCAUAUGAAAGGAUGCUUUUGUCCAUUCCUGAAUUUGCAAACUUUGGAAAGCUAUUCAAGUCCUCAGCACCAGUGGAGCUUACUGAAGCAGAGACAGAAUAUGCUGUUAAUGUUGUUAAACACAUAUUUGACAGGCAUAUUGUGUUUCAGUACAACUGCACAAACACAAUACCAGAACAGUUAUUGGAAGAUGUUAUUGUAAUUGUGGAUGCUUCAGAAGCAGAAGAAUUUUCCGAGGUGUUCUCCAAGCCUCUCAGGUCUCUUCCUUAUGAUUCACCUGGGCAGACUUUUGUGGCAUUUGAGAAGCCUGAGGGAUUGCCAACAGUUGGAAAAUUUUCUAACAUUCUGAAAUUUUUUGUUAAAGAGGUUGACCCAUCCACUGGUGAGGCUGAAGAAGAUGGAGUUGAAGAUGAAUACCAGCUGGAGGAACUGGAUGUUGUUGCAGCAGAUUACAUAUUGAAAGUUGGGGUCUCUAAUUUCAGGAAUGCAUGGGAAAGUAUGGGAGCUGAUUGUGAACGAGUAGAUGAAUAUGGUCUUGGCCCAAGGGAGAGUCUGGCCGAAGCUGUAAAUACAGUCAUCAAUCUUCUUGGCAUGCAGCCUUGUGAGGGCACGGAGGUUGUCCCACCCAAUUCAAGGUCACACACAUGUUUGCUGUCAGGGGUAUACAUAGGGAACAUUAAAGUGCUUGUACGGUUGUCCUUUGGACUCGAUGGUCCUAAGGAUGUGGCGAUGAAACUGGCUGUCAGAUCUGAGGAUGAAGCCGUGAGCGACGCCAUUCAUGAGAUCGUGGCUAGCGGCUAGUUCACCAAGUCAAGAAUUGUUGAUUCAACUCGGCCUUUCUUUUUGUUAAGGAAAAUGGAGUUAAAUAGCAAAUAGAUAGACGUGUGUAAAGAAUUGCAGAACUGUACGCUUUGGACGCAUUUGCAAUUUAUGUCACUUACUGCAGGCUUGUUAGACUAGCAACCAUACUCGGAAGUCGUGAUUAUUUUACUUUUAAUCUUCUAUGCAUCAUUUUCUUUGUAGCAAAUGUAUUAUGAAUUUUGCGGAUUCGCCAUAUAAUGUUUGUUUCGUCAAUGAAUUUGACAUUUUGUUCAA